UCUUAGCAGCCCGUGGCUUUAGGAGAAACUGAAACUGGGCUCUCUGUGGGUGGAGUGGUCACUGGGGAUUUAAAGAGCCACCACUUCCUUGGGCCCCCAGAGGGUACUGGGAGGUCAGAUCUGCCGAGGGCCACCUGAAAACCCCCUUCAUUCAGUCUCUGCCCUCCCAGCCUAAGCCAUGCGUCUCUGCGGGGGUGGUCUGCUGCUGACUGGGACAGACCUUGAGGAGUGUCCAAAGCAGCUGAAGACGAAGCAGAAGAACCGGCUGGCUGCCCAGCGCAGCAGGCAGAAGCACACAGACAAGGCGGACGCCCUGCACCAGCAGCACGAGUCCCUGGAGAAACACAACCAUGCCCUGCGGAAGGAGAUCCAGGCCCUACAGGCUGAGCUAGCAUGGUGGAGCCAAACGCUGUAUCUGCAUGAGCACCUGUGCCACAAGUUGGACCGUGGCCCCAGCCCAGCUCUGCUGCCAGCCGGCUGCCAGGGCCAGGCCACACAGUCCCCAGGACAACUUGACCUCCAUGGAAAACAUGGCUGUCAGGAGCAGUCAUGCCUGUUCCAGAGGCCAGGAUCCUCUUCAUUUCCACACUGUCAUGAGUCCCCUGGCCUCUUCCCAUCUCAGUUACCUUUUCUGUCCCUUGGCUCCACUGUGGCAGCAACAUCUCCUGCCCAGCUAUCUCCGAGCCCUAUUCUGCCUGCCUCAACCCAUGGCUGCAGCCUGCAGGAGUCUUGUUUGAAGCUCAGUGCCCUUGUGCCCAGCCCUCCAGGUCAGCUGACCCCUCCACAGCCCCUUGGGUUGGAGCACCCUAACAGAGGGAGUCUGACAUCCAACUCCCACAGCACUCCAGCUGCUCUAGGAUCCACGAGCCCACAGAGCAAGGAGCACACACCUGCCCUUUCACCUUCACCAAUAGAUUGGCAGACGCUGGCAGUGGACCCCAGCCCCUACCCCUGGCUGUCCUUUCCACUGCUCUCCUCAGCAAAAAUCCCCUUCUGACCUGCAGCUGGGCUGUGCCUUCCCAGGGCUCCCAAAGCAGCCUCAGCACCCAGACAUCUCCCCCAUGCUGCUGGCCUCUGCCCUUCUCGAUGACCAGUUGGCCCAAGAUUUCUCCAGGAAAAAGAGCCAUUACGGAGGGUCUGGCACUGUGGCAGGCCUGUCACCACCAUCUGCUUUCAACCCAGUGGUUCCCCUGUGAGAUCAAGGUCAUCACUUCAGCUUUUUAGCUGAGG